AUGUUCGCCCGCUCCAUCCUUCGCGGUGCCCGCACCGUCAGCACCGUAGGCAGAUCGACCAGAUUUGCACGCCCGUUCGCAUCGAACACCGGUUCGGUCACUGAUACACGACCACGUGAAGCCGGUCUCGUCUCGAAGAGCGAAGUUCCAGCUGUCUCCUAUGCCGAUGGUGAGGUUCAGCGAACUACCCUGUCCAUUGAUGAGAAGAUCGAAGCUACCGAGGUUGGCGCCGACAAGGUCACACCACUGAGCCGCGAGGUCUAUAACAAGAUGACCCCCAGCUUGCAAAGGAUGUCUAUCAUGGACAAGGUUGUCAUUAUUACUGGUGGUGCUCGUGGUUUGGGAAACCAUAUGGCUCGUUCAUGUAUCGAGGCAGGAGCGAAGGCCAUGAUCAUCUUUGAUGCCAAUCCGGAGCUGGGUGUUCAGUCUGCCGCCGAGUUGCAUGAGGCUACAGGCUCCAAAAUCCCCGUUGAGUUCUUUGGUAUCGAUAUUCGCAAUGCUACUGCCGUCGAAAAUGCGCUCGCUGCAGUAAUUCAGAAGCAUGGAGUUCCGGAUGUGCUGAUAAACUCUGCUGGUAUUGCUGAUUCUAAUAUCCCUGCUGAAACCUAUGACCAUGACAUGUGGCGUCGCUUGAUCGACAUCAACUUGAGCGGUUCAUUCUUCGUGGCCCAGACCGUUGGAAAGGCUAUGAUCGCUGCUGGCAAACCGGGCUCUAUCAUCCUUGUUGCUUCUAUGUCGGGCAGCAUCGUCAACUACCCCCAAGAACAAUCAUGCUACAAUGCAUCAAAGGCUGGUGUGAUUCAGCUUGGCAAGUCACUCGCUGCGGAGUGGGCCAAGUAUAAUAUCCGUGUGAACUGCAUCUCUCCAGGUUACAUGGACACCGCUCUCAACAAUGUUCCAGCACUUGACGCGCAGAAGGUAAUCUGGAAGAGCAUGACCCCCCAGGGACGUCUUGGUGCUGUCGAUGAUCUUAAUGGUGUUGCCGUCUUCCUUGCAUCAGAUGCCUCUGCCUUCAUGACUGGUUCCAACCUGAUUAUCGACGGAGGCUACACGCUCUAUUAA